CUCAAGGAGGUGCCUACUUCUCUAAUUUCAGAAACAAGAAUAGAAACUAUUCAAUCACCUAGCAGAGUCCUUGACCGGUUUAACAGCUCACACGUCUUUCAAGCUGGCACUUCAAACCAUUUGAAGAAGAAAUGGAAGAAAACCAACCAUCUGUAAAAUGGUUCACUGAAACACAAUCAGAAUGGUUUUUACAGAAUGGCAUUCCUGAAUGGUUUCAUGGUGUCAUCACAAGAAAGGAUGCAGAAGAUUUACUGAAGGACAAGACAACAGGGUGUUUUCUAAUCAGAGUUAGUGAAAGCAGAAUUGGGUACAGCUUGUCCUACAGGACCCCGGACCGCUACAGACAUUUCAUGAUUGAUGUUUUGAAAGAUCAGCAAUGCAUCCUUUCUGGAGACACAAGAAUCCACAAUACAUUAGAGGACCUAGUAAGCUUUUACAAGCAGCAUCCUCUGUGCCCUUAUAAUGAACUUUUAACACAACCAUGUGGACAGAAAACAUCAUCUGGUAAUGAUUAUGAAGAAUUAUUUAAAAACGGAUCAACACUGCCAACACCAUUUCACAGUCCAAAGCAACCUUUUAUAGGCAUCGCCAUGCCUCCCCCACAGUCUGUGGAUACACACAUCCCACCUUUGCCACCAAGGAGAUUGCAGCCUUCCAUGUCCUUAAAUUUUCAAAUAACGACACCACCAUGCAAUCCUGCCACAGUAAACAGACUAUACCCAUUACUUCCCACAGAACUGCAGAUGCCAAGCAACAAUGUCCCAGUGGUUCCAAAUGAGCAGAGAUCUAUAAUAAAAUCUCAAAGCGUAGAUUUACCAAGCCCAAAUGCAGCUAACAAUUCAAACUGGCCCAAUAAGAAUGAGGAGAAACUGGGUAAUUCAUCAAAGAAACCCUUGAAAGCUUGUAAAUCUGCAAUGGAUAAAGCAGUGUAUUUCAUUAAAGACGGAGAACUGGCUCAGGAUUUGAAGAAAAUGGAAAACACUAUGGUAACACACAUGAAAAAUGUCAUGGACGGUUUUGGACGCUUUGGACAAACAGGACAGAAGAGCCCACCUCCAACACCACACCAGAGAUACCAUCAAGCAAGAGUCCCAGAAGAAUAUACAGCACCUCCCCCUUUUGCACCAGGAUUUUCCUAAACAAGAAAGUGGACAGAAAAACCUACUGUGUACAUUAAUAUAAUAUAAAUGUGGGCAUCAUGGAUUUUCUAAUACGUAAGGGCUCAUGUGCAACCCUGAAAAACCUUGCAUUUGUACCCUGUACUUGAGCACUAGAUGUCACUAUGUGUCCAUAUUUCAGAGUUGUGGGCAGUUUGUGUAUCACUGUGUAUAUAGCCUCCAUGAGACAACGUACAGUACGGUCAUCUAGAAACCAUGAUUACCUCUGUAAUAAUGCAUGCAUUGAAACAUGGCACCAUUUUUGGUCUUGUGGAUUCCUUUAUGAGGGAAAAAUAAAUAAAAACCCUUCACUGCAACAUAAAAUCAGAAGCAAGUGGCCAUAACAUUUGUGCCCCUAGCAGACUAUGGGUACUGCAUAAACGUGUGCAUAAAGCGCUAUAAGGGUAUGUUCACAUGUGACAUAUUUUAGUUUGGAUAUUCUGCAACAAAUCCACAGCAAAAUCCCCAUGGAGAUUUUGACACAGAUUUGGCCGUGGAUUUGCAACAGAUUUCACCUUAUGCAUCUCAAAGCAUGACAUUUUCUGUGGAAAUCCGUGGCAUAAACUGACAUGCUUCAGAUUUAAAAUACACACCAUUUGUGGAUUCUGUUGCAGAGACUUUUUCCUGCAGGCGUGAAUGAGCAUUUUUAAAAACGCCUCUGGUUGCUGCUACUGUGAAUGCUGCGGAUCAUCUACCUGUAAUUCCAUUGUGGCUGUACCGUGACACAGUGAUAAAACCCUGCAGCCUCUGCUAGAAGACGUAAGGAUAGCCCACACAAACGUACAAAACCUAUGGAACCUCUUAUUAGAAUAGCAUUGGGAACUUGAUGAAUACGCCAUGAAAAAACACAACUAAAUGACUAUAGUUUACCGGAAGCUGACUGUGUAAGGAUAGUUCAAUUACACUGAGCAAAAAUAUAAACACAACACUUUCAGUUUUGCUCCCAUUUUCCAUGAGCUGAACUCAAAGAUCUGAAACAUUUUCUACAUACACAAAA